AUGGCAUCGAAGCAGAAUCAAACCACAGUAUCAAGAUUCAUCCUGCUGGGCCUCACCAGCAAGGAAGACCAGAAGCCAGUCCUCUUUGCCAUCUUCCUGCUGAUCUACUCGGUGACUCUCGUGGGCAACCUGGGCAUGAUCGACCUGAUCCGCACCAGCUCUGCCCUCCACACCCCUAUGUACUUCCUCCUAAACGUGCUCUCCUUUCUUGACAUCUGCAACUCCUCUGUCUUCACUCCAAUGCUCGUCAGCCUCCUGACCACCGACCAGUCCAUCUCCUUUGCAGCUUGUGUGGUCCAGAUGGCCCUCAUGAUCCUCCAUGGCACCGGGGAAUGUCUGCUCCUGUCCAUCAUGGCUUAUGACCGAUUUGUGGCUAUUUGCCACCCUCUCCUCUACCACACCAUCAUGUCCAAGCGCCUGUGUGUUCAGCUGGUGGUGCUCACCUAUGUUGGGGGUGUGUUCAUUUCCUCUCUACAGACAGGAAAUGUGUUCGCCUUGCCCUAUUGUGGUCCCAAUCUCAUUGAUCACUAUUUCUGUGACAUCCCCCCGGUUUCUGUCAUCUUGGUCUCUUAUGCCUAUAUUCUGGUUACAAUCUACAGGAUGAGGUCUCUGGAGGCCCAGCGCAAGGCCUUCUCCACCUGUGCCUCCCACCUCACUGCCCUCUGCCUCUUCUACGGAACCGUGUUUCUUGUCUAUGUUCAGCCCAACCCUGAAAGUGCAUCUGCCUAUAACAAGAUUCUCUCUGUGUUCUAUACCAUUGUGAUCCCCAUGUUGAAUCCCCUCGUCUAUAGCCUGAGGAAUAAAGAUGUCAAGGCAGCUCUACAAGUUAGAGUUCUUAACCUAAGAAGAAAAGGAAUUUGUUCCAAAGGUGUCUGGUAA